UUUUAGUUUUUUGUGUAACUUAAAACAAAAUCGUUUUUUUCAUACAUGGAUAUGUGAAAUAUAUUUUAAGAGAAUAUGUUUUAAAGCUGGGGGUCAGUGCAGAGAGGAAUUUACCUAAAGAAAGUUAUUACGUUGACUUUACUGACAAUGAUAUACCACUACAAAUAGGAAAAAAUUUAGCAGCUGCAUACAAAGAUUAUGCAAAAAAUGAUUCGAUUGAUUACUUCUGUAAGAAAAGUAUUCAAGUUGAAACACCAGGUUUUAUAGGAAACAUUUUUACUUCAAAAAAAUGUGAAAAUGAAAAUGAAAAUAAAAAUGAAAACAAAAAAGAAAAUGAAAAUGAAAAUAAAAUUGUAUAGGUAAUACAACAUUAUAUUAUUAUGUAUAUGAACUCUAUUCUAAUUAAAAAUACAUACUGUUAUAAUAACUCCUUCUAAAAUAAAUGCAAUGUUUUCGGCAAAAA